GGAUGGAGGAGAAGCUGAGCCCUGGAGAGGAGGAAAGGAUGGAGGGGAAGCUGAGCCCUGGAGAGGAGGAAAGGAUGGAGCGGAAGCUGAGCCCUGGAGAGGAGGAAAGGAUGGAGGAGAAGCUGAGCCCAGGAGAGGAGGAAAGGAUGGAGGGGAAGCUGAGCCCAGGAGAGGAGGAAAGGAUGGAGGGGAAGCUGAGCCCAGGAGAGGAGGAAAGGAUGGAGGGGAAGCUGAGCCCUGGAGAGGAGGAAAGGAUGGAGGGGAAGCUGAGCGCAGGAGAGGAGGAAAGGAUGGAGGGGAAGCUGAGCCCUGGAGAGGAGGAAAGGAUGGAGCGGAAGCUGAGCCCAGGAGAGGAGGAAAGGAUGGAGGAGAAGCUGAGCCCUGGAGAGGAGGAAAGGAUGGAGGGGAAGCUGAGCCCAGGAGAGGAGGAAAGGAUGGAGGAGAAGCUGAGCCCAGGAGAGGAGGAAAGGAUGGAGGAGAAGCUGAGCCCAGGAGAGGAGGAAAGGAUGGAGGGGAAGCUGAGCCCAGGAGAGGAGCAGGAAUUCAGGAUGGGCUCUGGCAAAUGUAGUUACCCUACAGAGAAAAAUUCCUCUCCAAGGUGCCUGAUGAAGACCUGAGCCAGAACCUUCUGUGAAAGGCCCUGGGUACCUGAGCUGGGAAUCUUCUCUGUGGGAAUCCAACCCCCCA